AUGGACGACACGGAUGUCAUUGUCACUUUCCAAACCUUUGUCAGCGUCUUCAGUGACUUUCUCAUAGUCGCCAUCCACACCAUCCUCUACGAGCGUGACAUCUACCCUCGCGACUCUUUCCUCUCGGCCAAAAAGUACAACUACAGCGUCCGCCAGUCUCGUCACCCCAAAGUCUGCCAAUGGAUCACCGACGCUGUUGCCGCUGUCCAGACUGAGCUGCUGAAAGGUACUGUUGACCGUGUUGCUCUUGUCAUAUACUCGUCACAGGACACGCCUCUCGAACGCUUCGUCUUUGAUCUCAGCCGCUUCCCUUUCGUACCCAAAGAGUACCACUUUACUCCCAUGUCCCGUACCACCGACGACGGGGAGACUGUCGCCGUCCUACCCAGGGUCGAUCUAGAAGAGCAGAUGCGUGCAACAAUGACUAGACUUUCCUCUUGUGGUUCGAGACUGAAGCCUCUACCUGAGAACUGCACCUUCACUGUCGCAAUCGAGUUGCGAGACAAUACAAGCCCUCCUAUCGGUCAUCCCCAGCCUUGGAUUCCCGCUCAACCAGAUCUACAUAAUAAGAACCCAGAUGCUGCAAAGAAGAAUAGUCAAACUACACCCAUACGCGCCGUUUCUGCUGGAGACAUGGUCUUUGAGACGUGGAUUGAAGAAGCAAAAGCUAAACUUGAUCCUGCUUGA